UGAAACUACAAAUAUUCAUGCAGAUAGAUUCCAGCGGUUGAAGUAGUAUGAAUAAAUUUAUUGAAAAAUGAUUUUUUUUGGUGUUUUGAGUGCUUUCACUUUUAUUUUAACAGUGGGUGCUCAGGUUGUAAAAAAUGACACUAACAUUCUUCCACCUGCUCCAGUAUCUCCAUCAACAAAAGAAAAACCGCCGGUUAGUGAAUGGCCGGGUAACUGGAACAAUGGCAAUAAUAAGAGAUAUAUUUUGGGGGACUGGUUGUUGACAGGUUGUUGGGGCGACGCUUGUACGGGUACAAUGAAGACAGAAGAAAACGUGGAGUAUGAAGGUUACGAUGGCUGGUACAACAAUAUGGCAAGACCAGAUUCUGGCGCAAUAGAUCGACCUUUAUUGAGACGUUGGCCUGCCGCAUAUGCAGACGGGAGUUAUGCACCGGUUACAGGUAGACCAAAUCCUUUUGACCUCAGUGACCAAUUAUUGAAAGGCGAUAGUGGUACCCAAUCUGUUACUGGAAAGAACGCAUUGAUUGUCUUUUUUGGUCAACAAGUCGUUGAAGAAAUUUUAGAUGCUCAAAGACCAGCGUGUCCUCCAGAAUACUUCAACAUAGAAAUACCCAUGAAUCACACCUACAGGACAAAACCAGGUCAUACCGUAAUGCCAUUUUUAAGAUCGAGAUAUGAUCAAAGAACGGGUUACAGUCCAAACAAUCCAAGACAACAAUUGAAUGAAAUCACACCCUAUCUGGACGGUGGUUUGUUUUAUGGAAUUACCAAACAGUGGGCCGACCAGCUAAGAACUUAUAAGAACGGUACUAUUGAUCCUGAUGGGUGUCUGGCGUCAUCGUAUGAUGGGUUAUUUCCGGCUUACAACGAAGAAAGACUCCCUAUGGCCAAUCCACCACCACCUAUCUAUCAUUCAUUAUAUAUCCAGUCGCACGAAACAGCAAAAGUUUCAAGAUUUUUUAAACUUGGAAAUCCACGCGGCAACGAAAACUCCUUUCUUUUGACAUUUGGCAUCAUGUGGUUCCGCUGGCACAACUACCUCGCGAAGAGAAUUAGACAUCAAAACCCUACUUGGUCCAGUGAAAAAGUUUUUAAUGAAGCCAGAAAAUGGGUAAUCGCUACGCAGCAGAAAAUCGUGGUCUAUGACUGGCUGCCACAAUGGAUACUUGAACCAUUACCCCCCUACGAAAAUUACGAUCCCAGCAUUGAUCCCCAAAUUGAUCAGUUCUUUCAAACAGCAGCCUUUAGAUUUGGUCACACUUUGGUAGUUCCGGGGGUCUAUUUACGCGACUAUUUGAGAAGCGGUUGCAAGAACAAGUUUGAAACUUGGGGCAACGUCACCGUACGCACAUGUAACUCAUUUUGGAGACCAUACGAACCUAUUGUUAAACCAGAAGUAGACGGUUCGCCUAAUGUUAUUGACAUAGACCGUCUCUUAAUGGGAAUGUCCGUACAAUUAUGUGAAAAGGAAGACCACAAAAUUGUUGAGGAUUUGCGUGGUAAUGUUUUUGGUCCUUUGGAAUUCCCGAGGAGGGACUUAAUGGCUGUGAAUAUUCAGAGAGGGAGGGACCACGGAAUUCCUGAUUACAAUACUGUUCGGAAAGCGUAUGGAUUACCUCCAAUGGACUUCAACGACUUCACCCAUCUUGAUCCAGAGAUUAGAGACGCCUUCAGAAGUUUAUACAAUAACACAAGCACCAAUAUUGAUAUUUGGGUUGGUGGCAUUCUCGAAACUAUAGACAGACCUGGUGCUUUGUUCAGAGCAGUUAUCAUGGAUCAGUUCAGAAGAAUUAGAGACGGAGAUAGAUUUUGGUUUGAAAAUACGAAAAACGGUUUAUUUACACCAGAAGAAAUACAAAGAAUAAAUAAUACCAAUUUGUAUGACAUAAUAAUGGCGGUUACAAAAAUGGAUGCCAACGAUAUACCGAAAAAUCCGUUCGGUGUUCCAGUAUCAGUUUCUGAUACACUAACUACAGGUUGUAAUCUCACAAAAUCAAACUGUUCUACGUCGACAGGAGAAUGUUAUCAUUUAAAACCACUAGAUCAAGCCACUUUGAAUGAGUCUUGUGUACAAGGAACUACGUAUGAUUAUUUUAGACAGAGUGAGGCAUCCUAUAUUUUAACAUUCACCUGUAUUGGAGCUUGCGUUGUUGGUUCCAUAGGAGUUAUGUAUUUGUUAAUCAGGAUUAAAGAACAACAGAAUAGAAAACGACGCAUCGAAGAGAAUAAAACGACAAGAAACACUUUUAAAAACGAAAAACAUAUCAAUUAUCCCCUAUUUGUCGUAAAUGAAUGGAUGGGUCCGAAAUUACCAUCACGAAGAGUCAUCGUUAUUCUAAAAGACGAUAGGAAAGUCCUGGAAGUUAUGGCUCCAGGCGGUGAACUUCUCCGUGCUAUCGACUUUUCUAUCGCCUAUAAGGAAGUUCAAGUUUUUCAAGUUAGAGAUGCACCGUACCUGGUUAUCAAAUGCACACACGACUACGAUUUGGUAUUGAAAUUCGAAAGUGACUUUUUGAGGGAUAGCUUUUUGGGCUCGUUCGAUCCAUUUUUAACCAGCAGUGGACUUAAGAGAGAGAACAUAACAACGUUCAAUUUGUCGUCAGCACUAAGAAAAGUUACCACCAAAGAAGAGCGUCAAAUGCUUCUCGAGCGAUUCUACCGCGUGGUUUUCGCACAAGCGUUUAAAAUCAAGUAUUCGCAAAAAGAACUGUUACACGUUGACGAAAAUCUCGAGAAGGAAAUUGUCAACACGGAAUUGACGAUCACCGAGUUCGCCGAAGCCAUGAGCAUGCGUCCUAAGGAUGAGUUUGUCAUGCGUAUGUUCGCGUUGAUCGACAAAGACAAAAAUGGGUUUAUUUCGUUCAGAGAAUUUGUUGAUUUGUUGAUCAUUUUUGCUAACGGAACUGAACAAGAGAAGGCUAAGUUGUUGUUUGAUAUGUACGACGUCAACGCUGUUGGAUACUUAACUGAGGAAAAUUUCGUGGCUAUGAUAAAGUCAUUUUUGGCAACUGUGGGAGGUAAAGUCGAAGACGACAAGCUACAAACGACGGUGCAAGGAAUGAUAGAACGGGCGGGACUCGGACACAAGAAACAGCUAGAUUUCGAAGAUUUUCUCAAAAUGUUUGGGAAUGACAUCAAGAACUUGAGUAAGGCGAAACUUAAUUUUAAAGGUGUUAAGUCUAUGGAUCGUAGCUCCUACCUGGAAGAAGCUCGAGAUACAAUUGAAAAUAUAUACGAGAGUCGUCAAGAAAUUCAAGAACGUUUCCAAGGAGAAAUUGGCCACCAAGAAAGAGAUACCAGCAAAAUCAUUGAUGACAGUCAGACAGAAUCCAUCAAAGCUGACCAUAUAGGGACACCAAAAUUCGCUUUUGUAAGUUACCUCGAAUUAAAAGCAAAAGAGAUUUUCUGGCUGUCGUUGUACACGCUAGUUCUUUUGGCCGUUUUUGCUGAACGAGCUUAUUAUUACACCGUCGAGCGUGAACAUUCCGGCUUACGCAGAAUCGCAGGCUAUGGUGUUACUAUUACCAGAGGUGCAGCAUCAGCAAUGAUGUUCACAUAUUCUUCUCUACUAGUGACAAUGUGCAGAAAUACAAUCACGUAUUUAAGAGACACAGUUGCAAAUAACUACUUUCCAUUCGAUGCUUCAGUGGAGAUUCAUAAAUAUAUUGCACUUUGGGCUUUUAUUUUCACCGUGAUGCACAUCGUGGGCCAUGCUUUUAAUUUUUACCACAUUUCGACACAAACAGCAGAUGAUUUGACCUGUCUCUUCAGAAACUUUUUCCACUCGACUCACGAGCUACCCAAAUUCCAUUACUGGUGCUGGGAAACCAUAACCGGGUUUACUGGUGUGGUCCUAACACUAAUCUGGGCUCUCAUGUACAUUUUCGCUCAAAAUCUAGUGCGAAGAAAAAUCUACAACUGGUUUUGGUAUACACAUAAUUUGUACCCUUUCUUCUUUAUCUUCAUGGUUUUACAUGGAACGGGAAGGCUUAUUCAGCCGCCCUUCUUCUACUACUUUUUCUUGGGUCCGGUUGUUCUGUUCACGAUCGAUUCGUUGAUUAGUAUCAGUAGAAAAAAAGUCGAGAUUCCGGUCAUACGAGCCGAAAUUUUACCUUCAAAUGUAACCAUGUUGGAAUUUCGGCGCCCUGAAAACUUCCAAUAUAAGUCGGGACAGUGGGUUAGAAUAGCAUGUUUGUCUUUAAAUAAGAAUGAAUACCAUCCAUUUACACUGUCGUCGUCUCCUGACGAAAACAACUUGACAGUUCACAUUCGGGCUGUAGGUCCCUGGACUACUCAUAUAAGAACUCUCUAUGACAACAUCAAUAAAGCUAAUUCUCUUCUACCGAAGCUCUAUUUGGAUGGUCCCUUCGGAGAAGGACACCAAGACUGGAACCAGUUUGACGUUUCAGUUCUCAUUGGUGGUGGCAUUGGUGUAACCCCUUUUGCCAGUAUAUUAAAGGACGUAGUUUUUAAAUCGAACCAAACUCGUUGCAAAAAGGUCUACUUCAUUUGGGUUUCCAGAACACAAAAACAGUUCGAGUGGUUGGUCGACAUAAUCAGGGAACUUGAAUACAAAGACAGGAAUAACGUCAUCAGCUGCCAUAUUUUUAUAACACAGUUCUUCGAAAAGUUCGACUUACGUACCAUUUUCUUAUACAUUUGCGAAAGGCAUUACCAAAGAGUGUCCAAUCGUUCGUUGUUUACAAAUCUAAAGGCUGUUACGCACUUCGGUCGACCGAAUUUUGAACGAUUUUUCAGUACUGUGUCUUCACUUCAUGAAAAUGUGCAUUCUGUUGGUGUCUUUAGUUGUGGUCCUCCAUCUAUGACCACUAGUGUCGAUGUUGCUUGCAAUAAAGUCAAUGCCCAAAAAUUCCAACGAUUUGAACACCACUAUAAGAAUUUUUAAAUUUGUAUUUGAUUGUAGUUUUUUAACUGUACUUUUGUGAAAUAAAGAAUUAUAUAAAAAAAAAAUAAGUAAAGGAAGGACACGAUGUCAUAUGGUCAAGUCAGGUUAGGUCAGGUCCUGUAGCGUUAAGGUGCUUUUAGGACUGUAAGUUGCUUCAAGAACGUAAAUCAAUCUGAAAUAAUGAAAACAUAAUUUCCGUAA